GUCAGACCCCGUAGGUCUGUGGAAGUGGAAACUGCACCGGUCUCAUGAUGCGGGAAGAAAAGAGAACAAACCCCAGUUAAAGGAAGUGCGAUGAUAACACAACAUAACGGCGCAGUGACUGCCUGCUUUACCGAAGACUGUACACGAUGCCGCAACAGCGCGUGUUCGCCCUGCCGAGACAACAAUCUCUGCUCCCUCCUGCGGUCAUCAACCCGUUCGUUCAAGACACCAACAUAUCCAAGGCUGCAUUAAUAAAAUGCGUCCUGUUGGGAAUUUUCCUGGUGCCUGUUCGGGUCAUCCUCAUGUCUCUGGUCCUGACGUUGAUCUGGCCUGUGGCUUUUAUAAUCACCUUCAAACAACCUUUAAAAGGAGCAGUGGAACCAAUGACAGGCUGGAGACGGCUCAUGUGUGUAAGAGUGUUGACUGCCUUGGGGAGGGCCUACUACUUUGCCAUGGGAUUCAGAGUUGUGGUGAAGGGUAAACAGGUCAGCAGCCUCGAGGCCCCCAUUCUGGUGGUGGCUCCCCACUCUGCCUUUUUCGAUGCGAUUGCAUGCAUUGUAUCCGGCCUGCCCUCCACUGUCUCUCGGAUCGAGAACCUGGCUACGCCCAUCUUUGGCAGAAUUAUUCGUUGUUUCCAACCAGUGCUGGUCUGUAGAACUGACCCACACUCCAGGAAGAAUACAAUAUUGGCGAUCGAAAGUCGGGCUAAAUCUGAGGGCCAUUGGCCACAGGUGCUGAUAUUUCCAGAGGGAACAUGCACAAAUCGCUCAUGUCUUAUCACUUUUAAACAAGGUGCCUUUAUCCCAGGGGUUCCGGUGCAGCCUGUCCUUCUCAGAUAUCCCAACAAAAUGGAUACAGUGACCUGGACGUGGCAAGGUCAUAAUGCGACUGUGAGCCUGUUGCUGACAUUGUGCCAACUCUACACCACCGUGGAGGUUGAGUUCCUGCCGCCAUACGUCCCUGAAGAGGAUGAGAAGAAUAGUCCCGCUCUUUUUGCCAGCAGAGUGAGAGACAUCAUGGCCAAGGCUUUGGGUGUUCCAGUGACAGACCACACUUAUGAAGACUGCCGCCUCAUGAUCUCAGCUGGAGAGCUGACACUUCCCAUGGAGACUGGCCUGGUGGAGUUCACUAAAAUCAGUCGGAAACUCAAUCUGAAGUGGGACUGUUUGAAGAAGGAACUUGAGAGUUUUGCGACCAUGGCCUCUUCCUGCAAGGGUGGGAACAUAACCAUUGAGGAGUUUGCAAGGAUCCUAAAGCUUCCUGUAAACCCUGUUCUUGCUGAGCUGUUUGCCUUGUUUGACAGGGACGGGGAUGGCACAAUUGACUUCAGGGAGUAUGUUAUCGGUGUCAACAUCUUGUGUCGACCAGCAAACACCCAAGAUGUUCUAAAAAUGGCUUUCCAGCUAUUUGACAUAGAUGAAGAUGGGAAAAUCUCCCUCGAUGAGUUUAACGCUCUGCUGCGUUCCGCUUUGGGAGUGCCAGACCUGGACAUGACGAAGCUCUUCAACGAGAUUGAUGCUGAUGGUUCUGGUUUUAUCACUUUCAAUGAAUUUCAGAUGUUUGCCUCAAGCCACCCCGAGUAUGCCAAACUCUUCACAACCUACCUGGAGCUUCAGAGAUACCAAGCGAGCCAAGAGGCAAUGCUAGGCGAUCUGGAAUUAGCCGAGCAAAUUUGUAAAGGAGAAGCAACUGAGGACAGCAUCUCUGACAAAAAGGAUGACUGAGACUAAACUUUGCUUGAUUGCACUGGCAGAAAACAACAAACAAAAUAAAAACAAAUUAAAGGCCAACUUGUUGGCAUCUUAGUCACAAUUAAA